CAUUCAUGCGAUUUGGUCGCCCCCUCAAAGGAAACGAGGAAAAGCCCGAAAAGGUUCAGGCAGAGCUCUUAUUGCUCUGCCCCGACUUUUGUGCCCUUCAUUCCACGAGGAGCGUUCUCGAGGGAGGGAGUGAAGGAGGGAUCGAGUCAUUGGCGUCUGUUUCUCAAAGUUGUGUGGGAUCCACAAACUUUUAAGGCUGGUGGGGGGAAGGGAGAAGGGAGAAGGGAGAAGGGGAGAAGCGCGGAGAGGUGUCGGGAAAGAGGACGUUCUGGAGAAAGGCGGGGGAGAAGCUCACUCGGCGAGAAUCUGAUCUCGAGGGGUGGAGUGUUGAAAUGUGGGUUUUAUGGAGACCCAAGAAGCUGGUCCUUUUCAUGGUUUUGCUGCUGACAGUGUAUGGGCAUACGGGAGUAAGCUGGUCACGGAGUUUAGGUGAUGGAGGAAAGAAAGACGAGAAGGAUGUCGGGCUUGAGCUCACGAUGGAUAAUUUCAAUACCUCAUUGUGGGCUGCACCUGCCAGUUGGGCCCUGGUUGAGUUUUACAAUCGAUGGUGCCCGGCAUGUCAAAAGUUCAAGCCUCAUUAUGAGAAAGUAGCGAGGCUGUUCAAUGGACCAGAUGCCGCGUAUCCAGAUGUUGUCCUGCUGGCCAAAGUGGAUUGUGCAGAUGAGAUCAAUCAGAAAUUGUGUCAGAGAUUUUCUGUUUUACGUUGGCCAACACUCUUGUGGGCCAAACCCACUGCCUUAGCUUGGGGCAGCAGAACCUCGGAGCAAGAUCCUGUUCUAGAACAAAUACCUAUCAAAGCAGCUUACAACGCGAAUAGUCUGUUGGAAUGGAUCAACAAGCGGCUUGACCGAUCAUACACAUUCGAAUCAGCUAAUGAGCAAAAACAGAGUGCACAAACCACUGGCCUGGCCUCAAGACAGAUGGUUGCAUCCAUCCAAGAUAUCGAGGAAGCAACUGCCCAGGCUUACGAAAUUAUCUUAACUCAAAAGCUUUUAAGCUCCAAACAUCGAACUCCUUUCAUCCGAUUCUUGCAACUUCUGGUGGUUCAUCAUCCUUCUAAAAGGUGUCGUGCAGGUAGUGCGGAAGUUCUUCAGAAUAUCAAAGAUGCUUGGCCUGGAGAGCAUGUAUCAGAGUUUGACGAUCACUUCACAGGGAUUAUUCAAAGUGAGAAGCUGGUGGGUGAUGUGGGUGCACUGAAACGGCUUCACGUAUGCGGAGAGAAACUCCCAAGUAAACACUGGACUACGUGCAAGGCAGAAAACAAUGGUUACAGUUGCGGCUUGUGGUAUCUUUUUCAUGCUCUGUCAGUUCGAGUCGAUGACGCGGAAAGCAAUGGUGCUAUGCGGACCAUUCGUGGAUUUGUCGAGAACUUUUUUUUAUGCGACGACUGUCGUGAGCAUUUCAUGAAAAUGAGCGCGAGUGCUGCUGAGACUGUAACCACCCGUCGUACCUUGGCGUUGUGGUUGUGGCGUGCACAUAAUGAGGUGAACAAACGACUCGCAGAUGAAGACAUUGUGAACAAAGUUCAACCUUCGAGGCCGAAACUACAGUGGCCUCCCAAGCGAAUGUGCACCUCAUGCAGAAAGCAUGGAGAUACUGACGAUGAGUUCGAAUGGGAUGAGGACGAAGUGUAUAUCUUUUUGAGGAAAAUAUACGGGGAUUCUCUAGAGGUCGCAGUUCAAGAAAGUACAAAGAUUACCACCAAAAGCAGACAUAGUGAAAAUGAUAAAGUAGAAGAAACCCUUACCAACAACUCAGUUGCCGUGCCGGUGGGAGCAGCCGCAGGCAUCGCUAUGGCUAGUUGUGGAUUUGGAGUGGCAGCCUGCUGUUGGCGUUUACAACAGAAAAAGCGCAAGCCAAAUCGAAGCCACACAUGAAGAGAGGGCACAUGUACUUAAGAAGUGUUUGUUCUGGUGUGAGUAAUAGUAUCUAGGGGCGAUUUUGGCUUGGCUUCGAAUGCUAAUUUUAUGCAGGUAUUAGAUGUUAAUUCUCGCACAAAUCACUACUGACGUGGACGAACGGGCAGGCAAAUGCGCAGGAGAAUCUGACUCAACUUGGUUGGUCCCACCAAACUGUACACCAGUAGUGAGCAAAGUCCUUCUUGACCCCCGGCAGUAUCACGUAAUUAGAUCAGCAGAUGGGUGGGCGGUAGCGACGUCAAGGAGUUCGAAUCUUGGUGUUAACUGUAAACCUUAUCUUGUGUGGCUGCUUCUCUGAAUUUGCCCUUCGAUGUGAUGUUCUUGCAAGAUGCAGCAACGUACAACUGAUCACGAGAACACGACUUUCUAUGAGAGCACGUCUUUAGUACAGAAGAAUUCAUCCUUGGAUUUUGAUGUAAUAUCAUUGUGAUUCUUCUUCAAUACUAUCCUGGUACAGCGAAACAGUUUUACUCAUUCUUUUCGUUUGUGUUGCAUGAGUGAGGUAAAUUCCCGUUAUUGCAGAGCGACUUUCUUUGUGGAUGAUUUUGCCGACUCUAUAAGAGUCACGGAAGCAAAAAUAGUCUAUCUGCUUCAGCUCCUUAUGAUGGGCCCUGUGGCUAAUGGUUUAACCGGAUGUAACUGGAGAUGGUAGAGAGUUCUGGCAAAUUUCUUCAUCAUGAGA